CGUAGUACAAUAACAAGUGUGCACAUUUUGCCAGCAAAGCGAUAUUGCACUUCCGAAAGGCAAAAGGCCUCACUUUUCAUCCAUUAUUUCGAACUUUUCUUCGUGCGAACUAAAUAAAGACUUAGCUCAUUAGACUAUCUGUCAUUUAAGAUCAUUGUUGCCCUUAUUCACUGGAGGAUCGGGGCUUUUUAGGGAAGAAAUGUGAAAUGUCGUAAUCGCAUUGUCGUCGAAGACAUCGGAAUAAGAAUCGAGAAGUUUCGUCACACUCUUUGGCUUCAUUGAAAUUGGUGAAAUAACCCAUCCGUGACAAGCCUGAGCCCAGGACAUUGGGUGUUCUAUUCAAAGUGAAUAUUUCAGCAGGUAACCGAACGAAAGGGAAAUUAGAGUGGUCUGAUGUGGAUGAUCAAUAAAAAUCAAAUCGUGGUGCAAUCCAGUUCCAGCCAGCCUGACAAAAUAUUUCGUUCACAUAAAUAUUGCUGAGGACAUUGGACCUAGGUCACACUGAAAACAUUUACUGGAAAUGUCAAAUCUGUAUCAGUCAGUUGUGUCCUGUCUACAAAGGGGUUCCAAACCUGGAGAACCAGCAAUGCCAGACAACGAAAUGAAAACAGAGAACGGAGACCCUUCGGAAGUGAAGGAGAAUGAAGCUCCGGAGUAUUCCUCAGACAAGAAAACAGAUGAAGUCCUUGAGCCACAGCCACAGUCGGGCUAUCUGUGGCGGAUGGGAAGUGGAGUUUUCAAUGUCACAACUGGUGCUGUUGGUUUGGGUGUAGGAGGCGUCAAGUGGGUGGCGGGAAAAUCUUACGAUGUUGGAUCAGCUGUUUACAGCAAGGCGCCAGCGAUACCCAAGAUCAGCUUGAAGAGGAAAGACAAGAAGGAAUGACCUCGUGUUUGUUAUGAAUGGGGUCCAACGUGCUAAUGACAAUGUAAACAUAUCUUAUGUAUGGCAGUGAUAUUUUAUAGCAAUAUUAACGUUCGCAAGGUUUUUUGUAACCUCAGGCCAGUUGUCAAAAUUAAGAAUGAUUCUUAAAUUAGUACACCCAGAGGAGGCCGUCAGAAUCAACCUGCUAAUUAUAGUGAUUUCACUCUGACGUAAAAAUAUGAAUGCAUUUAACCCCUUGUCGUAGGAUUGCACUAGUAUUUCUCAUUCCGCAAAUCAUUUCCAACAGACAGGGAUAAUGUAUCAUUGAGGGGUUUGGAAUUUGCUGUCAGAUCUUGAACUUAGAAUUCAAGAUUCUGAAAUCUGAUCAGUUCAGUGUAGACUAUGUGGACAUCAUGGAUGUAUUGCAUUCUGACGCCUGAAGGGGUUAAAUGUAUCAUUCUGAACGUGUAACAUACCAGUAUGUGCAUGAUUCAUUGAUCAUAUGGUGGUACAACCAUCGUCACCACUGUUUAAUCAGUUCAAAAUAUUGUUAAUUGCCACUGAGAGUGAGAAUAUAUUUCUUAUGUAGUUGGGGAAUGAUGACAUCAAAACAUAAGGCCACUGCAGCCAUUCUUAUGCAAUGCCUGCCUUAUGUUAGGGCCUACUUGUACUACUGUAGUGAAUUUUUGUACCGAUUAAGGAAUGGUGGAUGAAAUUAUUUAAUGUUUCCAAGUUAGAAUUAAAGAUUGCUUAAUGACUGGCAUUAGUGACAAGAUUCAACUGUGUAGCUCAUAAUGCAUGUUGCUAAACUCAAUCUAUUAUAGUCAUUGAUUUACUGAGUUUAUUAACUUUUGAACCUGUUUUUUGUUAUGUGAGAGUUUUGCACAACAUGUUGUAUCAAAGCGGGCAAAACUAUUUACCCAUUUUGAUCAUACUUAUUUUCAAUAGAAUAUUUUCCACUUCAUGUUGACAGUCACACCUCAUGUCCAAAUUGGUGUUAGGAAGAGGAAGAGUGCAUAAACUGUCUAUGGUUCAUAAUGUAAAAUAAUAACAUAACAUAGUGUAGAUUAUUCUAACUCUAUAUUUUGUAUGCUCCCGCAGCAUGUCUUAUCACUGCCUAAUGAAGGGUUUGAGGAUGUUGUCAUAUCAAAGUAAUCAAAAGAUUUAGAAGUCUAGGACACGUACGUUCAACCCCUAAACUGGUGUACAUGUAACCAGUCAGCAGUAAGGAGACUUUAGGUGGGAGGUACGUCAUGUUUCGUUGCACGAAAUUGCUGUAGGAGUAUCUCCUGUCUCACAGAUCUAAAUAACAUCUGACAUUUAUUUGUUCACUUGAUUGGAGGGGGGGGGCCUCAUGUCUCUAGGAAAGUCUAUUUGUCUUUUUUUCAACAUUAUCAUCAACGAUUCAUUUCACCAUUGUAGUAUUAUUCAUCAUCAAAAACAUUCACUUUUUUCACUUAGUCCAAAGCUGUGCUAAAUUUGAAUGUCAUACAUGUAGAGUGUUCAUGUGUGUAAUACAUAGUUUAGUCUUUAUAUUGUAAAAGGCUCAAGUGAAUAUAUGGCUGGGUAACCUGGCCAUUCAUUCAGUCUACCAUCGUACAAGGUUCGGUCGUACUGCUUAUCUUGGUGGUUAUCAAAUCCGAUACUAAAGGCUCAAAUCUUGAUUUAAGGUACGUUUUGCUUGCAUCUGUGGCAUUCACAUGCCAUUGGUAGGGAGACUGUACUUAUAGGGAGAGUAUUGGCAGGAGCCAGGUUGGCCGAUAUAGAUGCACAAAUGUCCAAGCUGCCUCUGUGUGUCUUUACUUACUAUCUCACAGUACAUUGGCACAAUUUCGAGCUCCUGCUAUGAAUAUUUUUGUCCCUGAGUGAUAUCUGACCCAGUUCCCGUUCUGUGCUUUUUAAGUCACCUGGAGACCACCAAUCAGACUGUCUUGCUUGAGCAUAUUGUUACCCUUAAACAUGUACAAUCAAUGACCCAUAGUUCAUGUCAGAAUGUUUGCCAAAUGUGAUAUCAUUCUGAAAAAAUAAUUAAAUUUAAUCAGUUUGUCACAAUGUCUGUUAAAACUAGAUUGCAAGUAUUGAAAUGGUAGCAUGUUGACAUGACUGCAGGCCUGUUCGUAGGUGACUAUAUGUCACCACAGUGUAAUGAACAUGAUGACAGAAGUCGAGGGAAGCAUCCUCUGUGUGACAAAGUCAACAUCGUCAUCCUGACUGUAAGUACUGGACAGCUGGUGCUGUUUGUGUCGGAACAACUCUGCCAUCCUGACGCAGUUCAAUAUGCAUUGCCUACGAGUCGCUUCAAUAACUUGCUGACAGCUGUUACGAUUUGUAUGCACUUUGUCGAUAUUGACGUAAAUUAUCAUGCGUGAUAUCGAUGAUGGAAUUGACAGCCUAUGCAAAAUGAAACUGCGAACAUAUCAGAUUUUAAUUGUGGUGUAUUAUUGCCUAUUGUGCGAGUUCUUAGAUUCGAGAAGUAGUUGACGGAGAUGUGACGCAGUCGCUUGCUUGACGUGUCAUGACAUGGGAGUGAAGCGAGGUGCUCGGAAAGUCAUCCUUCUCUCCCAUUGUUAUGCUCUAUCUACUUAACAUUUGGAAACACCAUGAAAGGGUUGAAAACUUGUAGACUGCCAAGUCGGCUGCUUCAUGAUGUUUCUUUGAUGAAAGACAAAAUCGUCUUUGUGUUAUUUGUACAAAAUUUGGGUUUAGAAUGACUUCACGCUCAUCAUACGUUUUCGAAUUAGUGCCUAGCGAACUUUUCAGAUUCAAUUUAUAAUCAUGCAAUAUUUAUUGCAUUUCGUUCUGCUUUUGAAAAAAGAAGCCAAUUUUUGGGGUGACCCUGAAAUGUUUCGUGAAAUGUCUCAACUCAAAGCUUAUUUUUGAUUCUUUUCAAUGGUUGUUUUUGUUGAUAUGUUGUGAAUCCCCGGAUACUGACCUUGCUUGCGUUGUGAAAAUGAAAAGUUUAAUUUCCCAAUUCGUGCCUUGGUAAUUGGCCUCUUUCAAGGUCAGUGGUGGACGCCGUUACGGGGAAAUUAAUAGUCUCUAGUCAACUUCAAAGGUCAGCCUCUGUUGAUUUUGUCGUCGAGUCAUGAUUAUGAAUGUCACAUUAACAAUAAGUGGCAUUUCAAGUCUCUUGUGUAUUGAAACAAAUGUCUUUUAUUGGUUGACGACUUAUUGUCACUAGUUAUUGGUUCUGUAGUAUAAAACAAGUAUAUUUGUGCACUACAUGUACAGGAACUUAGUCAAGAGAUUGACACAAGUGCGCAACAUUGUGCUAAGAAUUGCUGAGAAUUACUGGCAUUGCUACAAUUUCACUAAUCCACAUAUUUUGUAACACCCUGUAUGCUCCUGUACUGCCUUGUUUAUGUGGACCAUGUCCCAUGUAAGUUGAAUGAUUUUGCUUGUCAUUCGUGUAUAGAUUUCCCUAUGGUUAAGGUUUAACAUGAAAUGUGACUAUAUUUUACAGAUAUUGUAUUUCAAAUAAAGCAAAGUAUAUUAUCAUUAUAA